CUGAGCUCAAAAGGUUCGCCAUCACUGCUCUAGAGAAUGGAAACAGUGCACUUGGCUGGCCAAUCCCUGCCCUGAGGACGGACUGCCACCUUGGUUGUGCCAGUGAGGGUAGGAAGAUGCUCAGUGUCAGAUGUGUUCCUGCAUGGGCUACACUGGAUCUCCCUCCUUACUUCCCCAAAUGGACCCACCUUGUUCAUUCACGUCUGGUGUCAGGGAGGGAUUGGGCACAGGGUGCCUUUCCUCUGUGCCCCCUGCUGCACUCUGGCCCUGGGUCAUGCCCUGCCGCCUGGAGAUAGGGUCGUCUGAUUGGGCCCUUCCCCUCAGGGACCUCUCCCCUUCAGAUACUGGCCUGGGACCUGGCCUGUCAGCUGCAGCUGCUCCUCUGAGCGCUGACUGGCAGAGGCCACAGCUGGGGAGAGGGCCGCCCUCUUUGGGUCCUUAUUUCCCACAUCUUCUGAUAGAAUACACCACGGGCCAAACAUACCAGUUUCUGGUAGAUCCUACCAACCCUUGCCUGCCCUCGGCCUCCUCUCCUCUCCUCCUCAGCCCUGCUCAGGGCAGCCUUCCCCGUGCCACAGACUCCAAGGCUGUGCCCGUGGUACCCAUCCUGAGCUGCUUCACUCAGCAAAUCCAUGCUCACCAUGGGGAGGCACGUGGAGCUUGGGCCAGUAGGUGGAGUGAGUGGCACCAGGACUCAGAACCCCCGCGGCUUCCUUCUGCACAAACGUGGGGUAAGUACCUGAGGCAGAAGGCGGGUUUUCUGUCGUGGACACUGGGCAAGAGACAGGGUGGAGCUCUAGGGUAGGAUCCUGGCUCCAUCGCCAACUGUCGAGUGCCCUUCGGCAAGGCCUGCCCCUAUGAGCCCAAGGUCCUCCUCCUCCUCGGAAAUUGGGGAGACCCUAUUUCCUCCAACAGUACCUGGCAUCUGGGGCCUGACUUGGAGGACACGGGGCAUUGGGCCCGGAAGCUCCCAGCCCGGGACUUAAGUCACUUUGGCCCUAGCCAACUGGGUGUGGGGAGUCUGUGGCUUCUCGUCCUCUGCCCCCAGCCCAGGUCUGCGCGUGGACUCGCCCUGUGGGGCAGUUGGAGCUCCCCAGGCCCUUCGUGCUGAUACGGAGUCAGGCAGACCGAUGUGCUUUGCAGGUGUAGGCGCCCAGGGCUGUGAGGCGUGCCUGCAGGGAAGGGUUGGAGGGAGAGGCAGGAGGCGCCCACGUGCCCCAGGAGGCGCUGGGGGAAGGCCUCGCCAUGGGCGCCGUGGUCUCGGAGGACCCCGCUGCCCUGCUCACUGCCCCAUCCCCGCAGGCUCCGCACGCAGCAGGCGGAGGUGGAGCUCGGCUCGCGCGUUGCCUGCCGGGCGUUGUGGUUUCGAGUGCCCGCAGCUGGGCCGGCAUCCGGUUUCGGAGGCUAUUGGGUGCGGCCGCGGUGCGCGCCGUCCCUCCUUUUGCACACGCCCCUGCGCCUCUCAACGACGCGUCGCGGUGGGCUCUGUCCCGAUGCGCGUCAGCGAUUGGUGGAGGGGGCGCCGCUGCCCGCGGAUUGGCCAGUGUGGCGGGGGCGGGCCAGCGCACGCACUUAAGGGGAGGCGCCGCGGCGCGGGGGGUAGUAACAAGAUGUCGGCUGCGGUGCCAGAGCUGAAGCAGAUCAGCCGGGUGGAGGCGAUGCGCUUGGGGCCGGGCUGGAGCCACUCGUGCCACGCCAUGCUGUACGCCGCCAACCCCGGGCAGCUUUUCGGCCGCAUCCCCAUGCGCUUCUCGGUGCUGGUGCUGGGACUGGUGCGGGUCCCGCUGUACACCCAGAAGGACCGAGUUGGUGGCUUUCCCAACUUCCUGAGCAAUGCCUUCAUCAGCACGGCUAAGUACCAGCUCCUCUUCGCCCUCAAGGUGCUCAACAUGAUGCCCGAGGAAAAGCUGGCUGAAGCUGUGGCUGCAGCCACUGAGAAGCAGAAGAAGGCCCUGGAGAAGCUGCUCCCAUCUUCUUCCUGAGGUUGCUCCUGUACUGCGUCUUUGCCCUCCCCUGGCUUGUGUUCAGGGCUGAGGGCCCUGAAGUCCUGUGGGAGUGUCUUCUAGCGUGUUUCUGUGUGUGUAACCCUUUCUGACUGCAUGGGGCCAGUGGGCAUCUUAUCAUCUCUGCUGCCUCAAGCAGUCACAGGGCCAGGUGGGACCUUCUCAGGUUGGUCAGUGGGUGGCCUGGGGGUGGUGGGCCUGGCUGUCCAGGCUCAGGACAUUCUUAACCACCUUGAGGCUCAAACCCACCUGAGAGUCUCAUGGGCUGGUGGAGGCACAGGCACUGCCUGAUUUUCCAAGUGGGUGGUUGCACAGACACUUAGACCAAUGAGAACUUGGUUCUCAAGGGGGGUGCCUUUGGCUCAGUUGACUCAUUCCUGCAUCCUGCCCUCUGUGCCAGCUUCAGGGCCUAGAGGAGAGCCAGUUUGGGUAGGAUGUUGUGCUGUUAAUUUUAGCUGUUAGCUUUACUGGCUUAGAUUUCCUUUUCUGUGUUGUAUGAACUACAGGUGAGGCUUCACUUGACCUCACUGGUGCUUGGUCUCCAAGGGCAGUCAGGGUCAUGGGCCCAGCUAAUAGGUGGAGUUGUUGAAGGGACAGGAAAGUGGUUCCUCUGCUGCUCUGUUCUUUGGUCCUGACUGCAGGCUCAAGGCAGGGCACAGGAGGUUGUCCCCUUCCUUCUCUCACUACCUAAGACUUAAGGUCAGGGCCAAGUCUAGGCACUGGCCCCACUCAGAGUUAUGCUGUCACAGACCUCGUCUGAGGCGGGGUGCUGUCCACCUCCCUGUUCACCUGUGGCACUACCAGCCACGGACCUCUCUGGGCUGUCGGCUUGGUCUGGGCUUCUGUGCUGAGACCGUCCAGAGAGGCCCCUUUUGUGAUCCCGGUGGCUGUACCGCUAGGCUGAGCCUGCUGCUCUUUCCUGUGCUUUGAAAGCCUCCCUUUCUCCAUUCCCAGUAUGGUCUACAGGCAGCUCCCAGAGAUGGUCUGGAAAUACCCGUCAAGUGUGCAGAAUGACAACAGCAGAGCCACCACAGGCAGGAAGGUCACCACUGGCAGUCUCCUAUGGCCCCAAGUCUGGCUAAACUCAGUGAAGCUACUGGAAAGUCUCCACAGUGCCUACCCAGCCUAAGAAAAGCGGUGCUCCCUGCCCAGCCUGGGCACCUGUUCCACCUUAGAGCCUUGAUGAAGCAGCCACACUGGGCGAAGGCACUCCACUCUGUAAAUAAAAUACCUGUACUUUG